ACCUCUGCCGGCUGAGGGUGACACAACCCUGUUCCCUGUCGCUCUGUUCCCGCUUAUCUCUCCCGCCUUUUCGGCGCCACCACCUUCUUGGAAAUGAGUCAGAGCAAAGGGGAGGGGGCCCAGACCACUGCCUCCCCUGGCAGGCCCCAUAAAAGCGACUGUCACUGGGUCCCAGACACCAGAGCAAGCUCAAGACCUAGCAGUGGGACAGCCAGACAGACGGCACGAUGGCACUGAGCUCCCAGAUCUGGGCCACUUGCCUCCUCCUCCUUCUCCUCCUCGCCAGCCUGACCAGUGGCUCCGUUUUCCCACAACAGACGGGACAACUUGCAGAGCUGCAACCUCAGGACAGAGCUGGAGCCAGGGCCAGCUGGACGCCCAUGCUCCAGAGGCGAAGGAGGCGAGACACCCACUUCCCCAUCUGCAUUUUCUGCUGCGGCUGCUGUCAUCGAUCAAAGUGUGGGAUGUGCUGCAGGACGUAGAACCUUCCUGCCCUGCCCCCAUCCCCUCCCUUCCUUAUUUAUUCCUGCUGCCCCAGAACACAGGUCUUGGAAUAAAACGGCUGAUUCUUUUGUUUUCCAAA